AUGAUAAACAACAUAUUUCGUGCUUACGAUGGGAUAACAUUGCACGUCUGGUAUUACCUAACCAGCGUCAAAAGAUAUUGUAUUCAACUUUCCAGAAUUCGCCUUUUCUUGCUCCCUCAUUUUGCCGUCAUAUUCUAUGAAGCUGGUUUUGAGAUUUUCCUGUACGACAACCGGAGCUGGGGUGAUAGUGACAGGCAAAAUAAUGUCUAUGAUUUAUUCAACUGUGUCGUCGCCCUUCCACGUGUGGAUCCAGAGCGAACUGUUAAUACUACUUAUGCUGCCGCUGUAGACAAGCCAGUGUCUGGGGAGUCGUGUUCAUUUGCAUGGAUAGACCGAAUUCCUGCCAUUGUCAACAAUUAUGUGGUAUUAACGAUGCAGUGUAUUGCUAGUAGUCCAGAAAAAGCAAAAUUAGGCCGCGCACCCAUUCUCUUUCCUUACCUUCAUGCCUAUGAAUCCUUCAACAGGAUAUACGAAUGUGGGGGUCGAUGGGAAAAUCGGGGGCAAGUAAUGAUUCAACCCGUCUCGCCGAGUGCACUACUCAUGGUGAUUCUAGGAAAUGAUACCCGGGAACUGAAACGAAUGAUACUUCUGGAUGCUGCUAGCUAUUUUGAUAUUUACAGGGGGGAGUAUUUUGAAGAAAACAUCGCGGCUCAGAUUGAAUUGCCUCAAGAAAAUCUUCUUGACUAGUUUGAAAUGUCAUCGAAUCUCCCUUCUUUUCGGGUGCUUGUAGGAAGCAGCAAUGGUGUUCCACCAGAGCUGCAGCAGAAAGCUGUUAUGAAUAUUUAGGAAAGUUUGAGGCCAUAGGCUGAUAACUGACAUAUCCGGGAACUGCAGGUUUGGCCUGCGACUGCGUUCCCUG